AUGGUGGGCUUGUAUAAGCUUAAGCUUACUCUUUUAGCUUCCCUGGUUUUUGCCCUGUUCCAUGUCUCCCUUGCCCAAACCUCUCCAAAGGACUACCUCAAGGCCCACAACGAAGCUCGUGCAAAGUUAGGGAUUCCUCCUUUGACAUGGGACAACAAGUUGGCUUCCUAUGCUCAGGACUAUGCUAACAAGAGAAUCGAAGACUGUGAGCUUCUACAUUCAACUAUGGACUAUGGUGAGAAUAUAGCCACAGCCAGUUGGUCUAUGUCUGCGAAAGAAGCUGUGGACAUGUGGAUUGACGAGAGACCGUUCUACGACCAUGCAUCCAAUACCUGCAAAGGCGGAGAUUGCCUGCACUACACUCAGGUGGUUUGGCGAGAUUCUGUUCAUUUGGGGUGUGCUAUAUCGAAUUGUAAGGCUGGAGGAUCCUUUGCAAUUUGCCUUUAUGAUCCCCCAGGAAACGUCAUUACCCAACGUCCAUACUAG